CACUUUUACACAGAUAUAAAUCUGGCCUGAUCUUCGAUUUCCUCAGUUUUCAAAUACAUUCUAUUCAUACCGGGAUGCUCGAGUUUGCCGAACAAAUAACACAUCGUCUAUGCUGAGUGAGUACUUUUGCACCACACAUACUUCAAUUUUCAGGCGCCAUGAUCGCCUUCCAUCUGCAAUCACAAGUUGUUCUGCGAUUGAAGAUAUCUACAUAGAAGUAUCAACUGUGAACUGAACUAAUCGCCAUAUCUAUACAGCUGCAAAGGUAUUUCGAAAUCCACAAACAACUCCCUUCUCCCCGCCAUGAUAUCUCUGCACAUCAUAUUCUUGCUAAUCUGCGCUCUAUACGUCAAAUAUAAUCAUGCUUGGGCCUAUCGUAGUAAAUUCGACGAGCUCAGGAUGUCGCCAUUUUUCAUCGACAAAACCGAAUUCCUGCGAUUACUAUUCGAUCCAUCAUGUUCCGCUUCAGCAGACCAGUUCUACUUCAUCACAGCUCCUCACCGGUUCAGUAAAUCGACUCUGCUACGUAUGACCCAAAGCUUCUGCGAAAUGGAGCUCGAUUCGAACGGUGAUCCUAAACCUUACUCGGAGACCGAAGCUUAUAAGGUAUUCAAGGAUACGAGAAUCUUCCAAUACUCGAACCUCGUCCAGAAGAAUCUAGCCAGUUACCCUGUUAUCUUUUUGGAUAUGACGAAAUACGCUGCGAUGCACCAGAGUCAUCGUAAAAUCGCCGUCGAGCUCAAUGACAAGUUCUUAGAUGCGAUAAAACCGUUCAAUUUACGUCUGGAGAGAAUCCAGCGAUAUAUACGAGAAGGGUAUCCGGAUAAUUACACUAUGAGCAUAUCGUCUAGACGUUUCAUCGAGACACUCUACGCUCGCAAUAUGACCAUCCAGACUUUAGACAGUUCGCUCAUGCUGUUGGUGAAAUUCCUGUAUGAGUUGUUCGACAACAGGCAGGUCAUUUUGUUGAUAGACGAAUACGAUAAUACUGCUCUACGCAGCUACAUCUUUCAACGCGGAUACACUGCUCGUAAUUAUCGUAAACUCAACAAAAUAUUAUUCAAAUUGAUCAAAGGAGGCAAGAACUUCAUCAGGAACAUCGUGAUGAUGGGUGUAUCGAGUUUGGCCUUCGCUUCGGACGAUAUAUUGCCCAAACACAUGACCCAUAUGUGUUUCCUCAACGAUCACUCUGUCAUGCCUUAUCUGGGAGUCACCGAGACCGAACUGACCGAUAUUUUCGACAAAUAUCAAUGCUGCGACGAAGAGAGAGCAGCUAUCGUCGAUUACUACCGACCUUACAGGACAGCUAUCAAGAAAGCAGCCGUUUACCAUCCUUAUUCGUUGAACUCUUACUUCACCUUGAGAACCCUGCCUGUAUGGGAAGAUGCCCUCAAGCCACACUGGAGGAAACUCGAAGGCCAAGGCUUGAACGCGCCGUUUUACAAAAGCGAGCUGUUUAGAAAAACCAUCGACGAUAUACUGUCCAAUAAAACGGUUCGAUUGAAGCUACGUAAACAGCAACCAGGCAAUGCUCUCGAUCAACUCGAGCUACUCAGAGACCAAAAUUUUCAAUCUAUCACCGACGAGCAAGUAUUCAUAUUUAUCAGGCUGUAUUUCGAGCUGGGUUACAUAUCUCAUGCGGAUAGGGAUUCGCACGCUUAUAUUAUACCAAACAACGAUGCCAGAAUGAUCGUCGAGUUUGACAGAGAAGUGUACUGGAGUCGAUUUGCCAAAAGGGAUCUCAAUGUGACUUUGCCUCCGACUAUGCGACCCCCGUCGCAAGAUCAAUUCUUCGACGAUCCUGAUGUGGUUCCUGCUGCCGAAUCGGGUAUUUCGUUGGUCGAAGAAGAGCCUCUGGAUCCGGAUUGCGUGCCUCCGCCACCUCGGCCGGAAAGACCUCGGCCGGAAAGACCUCAGCCGGAAAGUGAAGAAGAGGAAGAGGAGACGACAUCGGCUACCAUCGAACCGAUCACGUAUGAUUUACGAUCGAGGUAUAAACGAGAGGUGAAGGUUGACUUUUGAGAAUCUCGUGCUAAAGGAAUCAUUAAUUUAUGGUGUCAAGACAACAGUUUAUGGUGUAGUUAGGAGAGAGAAAUUUGAGAAAAUUGUAGGUAGGAUGUUUUUCGUUUUCUUCGAGGAAAAAUAUGUCUGUAUUUGUACAGUAAAAAUUGAAAUUUUACUUAUAUGUAUUUGUCUAAUUUAAGCGUGUAAAUAACCCAAAUUCAUGGGCCAUGUAAAUAAUUAAUAUGUUAAAAUGACAAAUUAAAAAAACCUAAUUCGUU